UAUAGCGACACACAAGGUCACUGCAGCAGCAGACAACUAGUAGAUUUAGUUGUCGAUAGGAAAUGACGACACAUUUACAGUCUAGUUUGAUUUGUUUCCUAAUAUCCUUUCAGGUUGUAUUACUAUCAUCCAGUGAUCCACAUAACAUGAGGAUGAACCCUACUUUUCUCCACUCAGGCUGCGGAGAGAGAAAGACGAUUAAACGAUAAGAGAUCCUACGUGUUGAAACAUACCAGUGAUGCUGCAGAAACAACCUGAGACAUGGCUUCCACAAGACAAUCUGCUUUAGAGUACAUUACAAAUGGAAGGCUACUUCUCAUUGGAAGGCUUCAGAAUCUGCCCCUCAUUGUGGAAAACCUGUUCCAGCGCAAGGUUCUUCACGAGGAGGAAGUCAGUAAAAUUCAGGCUGAAGUUGACUUUUUUGACCAAACCAGAAGAAUUCUGGACUGGGUCUCAGACAAAGGAGAGGCUGCAUGCUACGAGUUACUGACGAUUCUCGACAUCACAAGGAAGAGGACCUUAGGCGACGCUGACUUACAGCAAUGGAUCAGCUACUUCCCCUUCAAGGAAGACACAGAGAUGACAGACUACUUUGUUGGUUCAAAACCCUGUCACGGAUAUCAGAAACAGCUGAAAUGUAAAGCACGGAGGAUUACAGAAGCACGGAGGAUCACAGAGGGUGCAUGGAAACAAAAAUGUGGUCUCCUACCAGAGAGAUUAAGAAAUGAGAGGACUUUCUCUUACACCCCUCUUGUGUUAGAUACAUAUGUGGAUUCAUUUGACUCUAAAAUUAAAGUGAAAAGCAAAAGAUGCAAGAAAGUUCGCCCUAAAAAGCUAAAGAGCUUCAUCCCCAUGGCCAAACAGGAAACAUCCCCGACUGAGCUGCUUAAAACACAUGAGAAAAAAAUCCUCCUUUUUGGAAAACCUGGAAUUGGAAAAACAACAGUCGCCCAUCAAAUGUUGAACCUCUGGGCAGAGAAAGAUCACAGAGAACUAGAUUACAUGUUUUAUUUUGACGUGAGAGACAUUUCACAUAGAAAACCAAUGAACCUGGAGGACCUUCUCUUUAACAUGAACAGUGAGCCAAAAGAAAGCAAAGAAGAAGUGUUACAGGAUAUUAAGAAGAACUCUGAAAACGUUGUCAUCAUAUUUGAUGGAAUCACAGACCUCUCCUAUCUAUCGGUAGUAAAGAACCUUGUGGAGAAACUCCUCCCUGAUGCAAAGAUUGUGAUCACAUGCAGACCAGAUCAAUCUGAAGACUUCCUGACAGACUGGCCCACAGACUGGUUCAGAGUGGAGGUCAAAGGGUUCAGUGAUGAAUCCAUCAGGACUUACUUAACACAGAUGCUGAGUGCUGAGCCUGACUCCUUGAGCAGUGUGUUAAACAACCUAGAGUUGUUCAGUCUGUGUCAUGUCCCAAUGUACGCACUGAUGGUGGUUGCCUGCAUGUAUUUCCCUACCUCAGAGGCUCCUAAACAGACAUGCACUAUAACUGAAAUGUACAGCAACAUCCUCCGUCACUGCAUCCAAAAACACAGUGCCAAUCGAUGUAAGGAUACCGACAAGUGUCUCAAAGAAAACAAAGAAAAAAUAUUGUCUUUGGCAGAAAUUGCUUUUGAUGCAACAAAUGAAAAAAACAUGAACUUGACAACACUGAGUUGUGAAGAAAGCAGUGUCCAUUUUGCGUUCUUGGGGGCACUUAUGGUUAAGGUUGCACCCACAGCGUCAGACACUUACUCUGCAUUUCUCCACUACACAAUGCAGGAGUUCUUUGGUGCCCUUUGGCUCUUACAGAAUCCAGACAAAAUCAGAGAGGUUCUACAGAAGUGCCAGACUGAAGAAUGGAAACACACAAAACACUUGAUUCCUUUCCUGUGUGGCCUUCUGAAUGAGAGGAAUAUUAGAUUGGUUAACAGUCUAGUUCCAGCUCAACAGAUCAAGAAGACGUCAGAAUGGUUCUUCAAGGAAGUGGUGAACACAUUUCUUCCAUCUCAAACAAACCAAGAUCAUGCAGAAGGUGGUGCUCCUGAGUUUGAGAUAGAUCUUCUGUUUUUGUGUCAGUGCUUGUAUGAAUAUCAGUCUACUGAGGCCUGUCAGCUUCUCCUGGACAAACUGGACUAUCAUCUAGACCUGAGUGGAGAACAUCUUGAUCCUCACCAGUGCUGUGCAGUCUCUUACGUGACCAGUCAGUCUGCAGAGAGAAAUGUUGGCUUGGACCUGGACAGCUGCACUGUGUCAGACCAAGGAGUAAGGCUGAUACUGGGCUCUCUGAAGAACGUCAGACAUCUUGGACCAUCCUCUGGUGAUUCAUCUGACCCCUCAAUUCUGUGUCAACUCUGGACAACUUUGCUGAGAAGUGAGGCAGAGAUGGACUUCACCACUUUACUUGGUCUCUGUGGAAAUGAGUUGCACCUUCCAGUCCAGGGUGAAAAACGAGUGUUUGAGAAAGCAGCAGAAGUGAUGAAACUAGAGAGGGUUCAUCUCUGUCUACACUGGGGUCAGAGAAAUGUUCUCAGUGAAGCUCUCGGGGAUCAGAGAACUGUUCUCAGUGAAGCUCUCAGCAAAACCAUUUUAAAGUGUCUACCAAAUAUCAACAAGCUCAGGUUUACCCCUCUACAGCAUCAGAGAGGAUCCCCUGAAAAACUGGAGACAGAAGAGAAAGCAGUCCUACUAGAUUUGUGUCUACAAGCAGCACUAGAUCACAGAGAAACGUUCCAGAGAGCUGUGAACACACUGCUGUCAUUGUUCUCUGUGUAUCAAACUGAGAGAUGUGACAUCCUGCUGGAUCUGUACUCUCAUGUGAAGUACAAUAGGAAUCAAACAGCCAGGAGUAUCCUUCCAUCAUUGAACCCGCUUUACCAGCCAGCUCCUGCAGUCUGGUCCAUAGACCUCUCAGAGAGAAAGGCCUCCCUCCUCCUAGAAGUGCUGAAACUCCAACCAGAGAAGAAACCAGUAGAGCUGAAGGGCUGGUCAGAUGAAGAGAGUGAAGUGAGGAGUUUCCUUCAGUGUCUGCCCUACAUCUCACAGCUGAGUUUCUGUCCAUGGAGGUCUGAUCCCUCAAAGCAGAUCAAGUUCCUGGUGGAUCUCCUGUCUCAAGCAGCAGAGUGGGAGGAGCAGACAGGAGAGAAGACACUGAAGCUGGUAUCAUCAGUGUGGACUUACAGCACCUUUCCUUUUCCCAUUGGAGACUAUUCUAAACAGAGUGAUUUCCUGCUGGAUUUGUACUCACAUGUGAAGGACUAUGAGACUCAAACAGGCAGGAGUGUCCUUCCAGCAUUACAUCUAGUUUACCAGUCAGCUCCUGCAGUCUGGACCAUAGACCUGUCAGAGAGAAAGGCCUCCCUCCUCCUAGAAGUGCUGAAACUCCAACCAGAGAAGAAACCAGUAGAGCUGAAGGGCUGGUCAGAUGAAGAGAGUGAAGUGAGGAGUUUCCUUCAGUGUCUGUCCUACAUCUCACAGCUGAGUUUCUAUCCAUGGUGGCCUGAUCCCUCAAAGCAGAUCAAGUUCCUGGUGGAUCUCCUGUCUCAAGCAGCAGAGUGGGAGGAGCAGACAGGAGAGAAGACACUGAAGCUGCUAUCAUCAGUGUUUACUUACAGCACAUUUCCUAAUCAUUAUGGAAACACUUCCAAACAGAGUGAUUUCCUGCUGGAUCUGUACUUGAAUGUGAAGGACUAUGAGACUCAAACAGGAAGGAGUUUCCUUCCAGCAUUACAGCCAGUUUACCAGUCAGCUCCUGCAGUCUGGUCCAUAGACCUCUCAGAGAGAAAGACCUCCCUCCUCCUAGAAGUGCUGAAACUCCAACCAGAGAAGAAACCAGUAGAGCUGAAGGGCUGGUCAGAUGAAGAGAGUGAAGUGAGGAGUUUCCUUCAGUGUCUGUCCUACAUCUCACAGCUGAGUUUCUGUCCACGGAGAUCUGAUCCCUCAAAGCAGAUCAAGUUCCUGGUGGAUCUCCUGUCUCAAGCAGCAGAGUGGGAGGAGCAGACAGGAGAGAAGACACUGAAGCUGGUAUCAUCAGUGUGUACUUACAGCACCUUUCCUUAUCCCAAUGGAGACAAUUCUGAACAGAGUGAUUUCCUGCUGGAUUUGUACUCACAUGUGAAGGACUAUGAGACUCAAACAGGCAGGAGUGUCCUUCCAGCAUUACAGCCAGUUUACCAGUCAGCUCCUGCAGUCUGGUCCAUAGACCUCUCAGAGAGAAAGGCCUCCCUCCUUCUAGAAGUGCUGAAACUCCAACCAGAGAAGAAACCAGUAGAGCUGAAGGGCUGGUCAGAUGAAGAGAGUGAAGUGAGGGGUUUCCUUCAGUGUCUGUCCUACAUCUCACAGCUGAGUUUCUGUCCAUGGAGGUCUGAUACCUCAAAGCGCAUCAAGUUCCUGGUGGAUCUCCUGUCUCAAGCAGCAGAGUGGGAGGAGCAGACAGGAGAGAAGACACUGAAGCUGGUAACAUCAGUGUGUACUUACAGCACCUUUCCUUUUCCCAAUCGAAACAAUUCUGAACGGAGUGAUUUCCUACUGGAUCUGUGCUCAUAUGUGAAGGACUAUGAGACUCAAACAGACAGGAGUGUCCUUCCAGCAUUACAGCCAGUUUACCAGUCAGCUCCUGCAGUCUGGUUCAUAGACCUCUCAGAGAGAAAGGCCUCCCUCCUCCUAGAAGUGCUGAAACUCCAACCAGAGAAGAAACCAGUAGAGCUGAAGGGCUGGUCAGAUGAAGAGAGUGAAGUGAGGAGUUUCCUUCAGUGUCUGCCCUACAUCUCACAGCUGAGAUUUCCUCUACUGAAUGAUAUUAUAGAGAGGAGAAAGAGAGAGAAGACAUUCCUACUGAAUCUGUGUCUUCAAGCAGCUCUCCAUGAGAGAGUAACCAUACAAACAACUGUAGAUAAAGUGUUCUCACUGUCUGAAGUAUAUUACUAUCAGAAAUGGGAUUUCCUGCUGGAUCUGUACUCACAUGUGAAGGACUAUGAGACUCAAACAGGCAGGAGUGUCCUUCCAGCAUUACAGCCAGUUUACCAGUCAGCCAGUCCUGCAGUCUGGUCCAUAGACCUGUCAGAGAGAAAGACCUCCCUCCUCCUAGAAAUGCUGAAACUCCAACCAGAGAAGAAACCAGUAGAGCUGAAGGGCUGUUCAGAUGAAGAGAGUGAAGUGAGGAGAUUCCUUCAGUGUCUGUCCUACAUCUCACAGCUGAGCUUUAAUCCGUGGUGGUCUGAACACUCAAAACUGAUCAAGUUCCUGGUGGAUCUCCUGUCUCAAGCAGCAGAGUGGGAGGAGCAGACAGGAGAGAAGACACUGAAGCUGGUAUCAUCAGUGUGUACUUACAGCACUUUCCCCUUCUGUGUCCACGAUGAUGAUGAGAGUAAGGAAUAUCAAUGUGAUUUCCUGCUGGAUCUGUACUCAAAUGUGGAGGACUAUGAGACUCAAACAGGCAGGAGUGUCCUUCCAGCAUUACCGCCAGUUUACCAGUCAGCCAGUCCUGCAGUCUGGUCCAUAGACCUCUCAGAGAGAAAGACCUCCCUCCUCCUAGAAGUGCUGAAACUCCAACCAGAGAAGAAACCAGUAGAGCUGAAGGGCUGGUCAGAUGAAGAGAGUGAAGUGAGGAGUUUCCUUCAGUGUCUGUCCUACAUCUCACAGCUGAGUUUCUAUCCAGACUGGUCUGAUCCCUCAAAGCUGAUCAAGUUCCUGGUGGAUCUCCUGUCUCAAGCAGCAGAGUGGGAGGAGCAGACAGGAGAGAAGACACUGAACCUGGUAUCAUCAGUGUGUACUUACAGAACCUUUCCUUUUCCCUUUCGAGACAAUUCUCAACAGAGUGAUUUCCUGCUGGAUCUGUACUCACAUGUGAAGGACUAUGAGACUCCAACAGGCAGGAGUGUCCUUCCAGCAUUACAGCCAGUUUACCAGUCAGCUCCUGCAGUCUGGUCCAUAGACCUGUCAGAGAGAAAGACCUCCCUCCUCCUAGAAGUGCUGAAACUCCAACAAGAGAAGAAACCAGUAGAGCUGAAGGACUGGUCAGAUGAAGAGGGUGAAGUGAGGAGUUUCCUUCAGUGUCUGCCCUACAUCUCACAGCUGAGGUGAGUCUGAACAUGUGUGGUGGUUAGUGAAAAUGUGAUGCUAGUGGUUGUAGAAACAUUGUACUAUGAAAGUUCAAAUGUUGGUGAAUCUGGUAACAUUUAUACUUAGAUUUCAUGACAUAACAUACUUGCAUUACCAAAUGUCACACAAAUGUGAUUUUUUAUUUUUUAUUAUGUGAUGCUAAACAUUUGUCUUUUUGAAAUCUUGAAAUCAGAAUUUUAUCUUUGACAAAUCUUGAAACAUGAAACUUCCAUGUUUAUACUGUGGUGGUUCAUUUCUGUGUUAAUUAAUGAGGAGAGACAAACUCAUCACACAAGUCAGAGUCUUAAAAUGAAUCUUUGUUAGUGAGAGCUCUGCAAUAGCGAUGGCUGGUCGACGAAUCACCCUCAGAUGAUUCGUUGAAGGCCAUAACACAAAGGCUACUGAGAUCUUUUAUAGCAAAGAUCCAUCCCCUAGUCACAUAACAAUCCACAGAUGUUUGGAACGGGUCACAAGGUGAGACUUGUUUAAUGUAGUACAAAGUGUAGCAUUUGGUCCCAUAUUCCAAGAACACAAUGACCUCAUCAAGCUUGUGACUCUACAAACUAGUUGGAUACAUUUGCUGUUUGUUUUGGUUGUGUUUCAGAUUAUUUUGUGCCCAAUAGAAAUUAAUGGCAAAUAAUGUAUUGUUUAAUUUUGGAGUCACUUUUAUUGUAAAUAAGAUUAUAAAAUGUUUCUGAACACUUCUACAUUAAUAUGGACACUACCACGACCUCGGAUAAUCCUGAUUA